GAUUUUAAUUAAUGGGAAAGAAAGAGAAGGGAAAGCCUAAUCCUUUAGGGGAAGUGAGCAGAGACUAUACUAUAAAUCUUCAUAAAGCUGUUCACAAGGAGACUUUCAAAAGAAAGGCACCUAGAGCAGUGAGUCACAUUGUUAGAUUUGCUUAAAAAAAUAUGUUAACUGAUGAUGUGAGAGUUGAUCCAUAAUUAAAUGAGGCUAUUUGGGCAAGAGGAAUUCGUAAUUUACCAAGAAGAAUUAGGGUUAGAUUGCAAAGAAAGAAGAAGGAAGAGGAUGAUGGUAAAGGAAAGUAUUACACACUUGCAUAAUAUGUACCUGUGGAUUCAUUUGAUAAUCUUAAGACAGAAAUUACAAAAUAAUGAUGAUUAACAUAAGUUUAUUAAAUAUUCAAAUAUAUUCAUAUCAUUAAUAUA